AUGGAAGAGAACGGGCGCAGGCCGCAGGGGUGGUGUGUCCGCUGGAUCGUCGGCGCGCUGCCGGUGUCCGAGCUUUUUUCUCCGGUCAAGGAGAAGAACGAUGCCGUCCGCAAUGAGAGCUACAAAAGGGCAAAGGAGCUUCGUGACCGUGAACUGGAGCUCAACAAGUCCCUGACCAAGAAGAAGAGCAACAAAGAGAUGAUCAGCACACACGAGGUCAAGAACAAGAAUCAUGGCAUGUCGUCUACCGGGCCGGUGGUCACCGAAGAAGACAUCCGCCGCAUCGUAUCCAGCUGGACCGGUGUGCCAGUCCAGAAACUCAGCGUCGAUGAAACAAACAGGCUGCUGAGCAUGGAGCAAACCCUCCACCAGCGCGUAAUCGGGCAAGACGAGGCAGUCACAGCGAUCAGCCGUGCCAUCCGGCGUUCCCAUGCUGGGCUCAACGAACCAUGCCGGCCGAUCGGGAGCUUCAUGUUCGCCGGCCCAACCGGCGUUGGCAAGACAGAGCUUGCCAAGGCUGUCGCUGCCUUCUACUACGGCUCCGAGGCUGCCAUGAUUCGGCUGGACAUGAGUGAGUUCAUGAACAGGUACUCAGUGUCCCGACUGAUCGGCUCGGCACCGGGCUACAUUGACGACUCGAACGGUGGCCAGCUGACAGAAGCGGUGCGACGGCGGCCGCACACGCUCAUCCUGUUCGACGAGGUCGAGAAGGCGCACCCGGACGUGUUCAAUGUCAUGCUACAGAUCUUGGACGAUGGCCGGCUGACAGACGGCAAGGGGAGGACGGUGGACUUCAAGAACACGCUCAUCGUCAUGACGUCCAACAUCGGCGGCGACAUCGUCGUCGCCAACGGCGGUGACGGCGCAGGCGUUGGUUAUGACAGGAUCAAGGACAUGGUGGGAGAGGAGAUGAAGCGCCACUUCAGGCCAGAGUUCCUGAACCGGCUGGACGAGACGAUCGUGUUCAGGCAGCUCACCAAGGUCGAGGUCAAGAAAAUCGCCGGCAUCAUGCUGGAAAACGUCGCUGCCCGGGGCAGGAAGAAGGGGAUCAAGCUGCAGGUGACGGACAGGUUCAGAGAUCUCGUGGUCGACGAAGGCUUCGACACAAGCUAUGGAGUGAGGCCGCUGAAGAGGGCCAUCCAGAGGCUGCUGGAGGACACACUCGCAGACAAGAUGCUCGCUGGGGAGAUCAAGGAUGGGGAUUCAGUCGCUGUCGAUGCAGAUUUGACAGGGAAUGUCGUGUUCAGACAUCAGGCGUGAGAUGAGGCCUAGG